AUGUUUGCUUCUCGAGCACUUGCAACAACACCAACUGGUCAUCGAUGUACAUCAUCAGCAAAAUUUACAAGUACAAGAGAUUUAAAUCAUGAUAGAGAAGAUCGACAACGAUCAUAUGAAAUUGAAGAUGCAAAACAUCCAGUACGAAGUUUAGCUUGUGCUUGUAUAUCAUCAUUAUUUUGUCCUAUUCUAGGACUUAUUGCUUUAUUUUAUGCUAUACGUGCUGUACGAACACAUAGUCAAGGAUUUUAUGCUGAAGCAUCAACAUUUUAUAAAAAAGCUAUUCGAUGGUCAUUGAUAACAUUUAUAGUUGGUCUUACAAUUGGUUCAAUAGUUUCAUUUAGUUUUUUUGUCAAAGCUGUUCUAUUUAUGUAA